CUCUGUCUCUCUCUCUCCCUCUCUCUCUGUCUCUCUCUCUCCCUCUCUCUCCUUUCCCCCUCCCCUUUCUUCCCCCCAAACAACCCCACCCCCCACUUCACUUCUCCACCCCCGAGGAGCCAAAAGAACUGGAUACGGGCUCUGGGCAGCCGCGGCUUAGGCUGCGCCGAGUCCUGCGACCCGCUGGACGAAGAUGCCCCGAAAAGUCAGUCGACAGUCGGGCUGCUUGCCUCAGCUUAGAGGCGGCGGUGGCGGCAGCGGCGGCAGUGGUGGUGGCGGCGGAGGCGGCGGCGGCGGCGGCGGUGGUGGCGCUUGGCAGGUCUCCGGGUACACAGGAAACAAAACAACCAAAGAAACCAACAAUUGGCUUUCCCACUCUCGGGCUGACAUGAAUCAGAACUUUCUGGUGUUGGACUGGUGACCCUUCCAGAUUAUUUAGCUUUUUGUGCAUGUACUGAAGCACAGCCCUGAAUCCUGAGCGUCUGUUACUUCCUCUUCUUUUUUUAAUUCUAAAAAAUAUUUUAUUGUCAUGCAUAACACGAUUUCAUAUUGGUCAUUGUUGUAACAACAAACUCAUAUAUAACCAAAAUCUCAAAAUAAAACCAUAAAUGCACUGAUGUG